CACCGAUACCCACACCGAUACAUGCUCGCCGACGAUGUUGCUCUUCUGCCCCACAUGCAGCAACAUGCUACGCGUCUCGCGCGUGCCCCCCGGCGACCCAACGAUCGAGCAAUACGUCGGCCAGAACCGCUUCGAGUGCCUGACCUGCCCGUACCACUUCGUCAUCAACAAGCGCUACUACGAGCGCAAGUACCUGAAGAAGAAGGAGGUCGAGGACAUCCUGGGCGGCAAGGGCGCCUGGGACAACGUCGACAAGACCGAGGUCCAAUGCCCCAACGAAAAGUGCCGCAAUGACCAGGCCUACUGGUACCAGCUGCAGAUUCGCAGCGCCGACGAGCCCAUGACUGCUUUCUACAAGUGCACAAAGUGCGCCAAGGAGUGGCGCGAAUAGACUGCGAGACCUGCAUAAACCGAGUCUGAGAGCAGGAGCGCGGCGUUGAUUGGAAAUACCCCGCGAGUCCAUCACGUCAAGGAGCUGCAUACACCGACUUUGAGGAGCAGAAACGCCGCAUCGAUUGAAACAACCCGCUUGUCCAACUCCGCAACACAACAACAACAACACCACAUUUACUCCCAUUCAUCCCGUCUUGAUCAUAUAUCAUUACCCUCCUGCUGUCACAACUCUUGUAAGAUGCCCUACUCCGCUCUCUCGGCUCCUUCAUGGCUGACUCCAAACAGCGGCACAGGCACACCUUCUCCCACACCUCCGACCCCCUGUCCCGCAGCGUGAAGCCCUCCAU